AUGGCAGCACCUGCUGUUACAACCACGCUCACACGCGACAGCUACAAUCGCCAGUCGCUUGGCGUGUCUCUCAAUGCGGCUGUGAAAGAGGCAAAAGUUCUCAUGGUUGGCGCCGGUGGCAUUGGUUGUGAACUGCUCAAGAACCUCGUCCUUACUGGUUAUGGCCAGAUUCACGUCGUCGAUCUCGAUACUAUCGAUCUUAGCAACCUGAACCGUCAGUUCCUGUUUCGAAAUGAGCACAUCAAGAAAUCCAAGGCUGAGGUGGCGAAAGAGGUUGCGCAAGUCUUUAAUCCCAACGUCAACAUCAUCUCAUACUUCGCGAACAUCAAGGAUGCCCAAUUCAAUCUCGAGUGGUUCCGCGGUUUCAAGCUCGUCUUCAAUGCACUGGACAACCUCGAUGCAAGACGGCACGUCAACCGCAUGUGUCUAGCAGCUGAUGUCCCUCUCAUUGAAAGCGGUACGACGGGUUUCAACGGACAGGUCCAGGUGAUUAAAAAGGGCGUCACAGCCUGCUACGACUGUAUAGCCAAAGAUGUCCCCAAAUCAUUCCCUGUCUGUACCAUCCGAAGCACACCGAGUCAGCCUAUUCACUGUAUUGUAUGGGCCAAGAGUUAUCUCCUGAACGAGGUAUUUGGCGUGAGCGAAGACGAGACAGCCUUUGACCAUUCAGAAGAUGCGGACAACGCCAAGGAAAUCGAGGAGCUCAAGAAGGAAGCUGCAGCCCUAAAGAUGAUCCGGGACUCUGUAGGGACCUCCCAGUUUCCGCAAAUGCUCUUCGACAAGGUCUUCAGCGCAGACAUCAAGAGAUUAUGCUCAAUGGAGGAGAUGUGGACGACUAGAUCAAAGCCCUCGGCACUAGAGUAUGAAGCCCUUAAGCCCGGCGUACCGACCAUCGACGACUCCUUCCUCGAGGAUGACCAAAAGAAGUGGUCUUUGGAAGAGAACUUGGCCGUUUUUGAGAGCAGUCUUGACCGAUUAAGCAAGCGCAUAGCCGAGAUGAAGACGGUGCAAGAGAACGGCCAGACGACAGAGCCGCCUACCAUCGCAUUCGACAAGGAUGACCCGGAUACUCUUGAUUUCGUCGCCGCUGCCGCCAAUAUCCGCGCUCACAUCUUUGGCAUUGAUCUCAAGACUCGCUUCGAUAUCAAGCAGAUGGCCGGAAACAUCAUCCCCGCCAUUGCGACCACCAACGCCAUCGUCGCUGGCGUGUGCGUGCUAGAGUCUUACAAGGUGCUCAAAGGCGAUUAUAAUGACGCAAAGGAGGUGUUUCUGACGCCGUUCGCCCCUCAACGACUUCUGGCACCAGAUCGACCGCGACAGCCCAACCCGGAAUGCCCGGUCUGCUCGUCCUUCUACACCGGCAUCUACGUGGAUCUAUCUCGCGCAACCUUGAAUGACGUGGUUGAAGACUUUGCAAAGGUUCAGCUUGGUUAUAACGACAAGGAGUUCUCGAUCACCAGCGAAAGCGGUCUACUAUACGACCCUGACGAGACGGAUUCACUCUCAAAGAAACUGACAGAUAUUGGUAUAUGUCUUAAAUCGGGCAGUUUCCUAACGAUCGUUGACGAGGCCGACGAAGACGUUUUUGUCAACGUCGUUCUGAGCAUCCUCGAAACGAAAGAGACACUUGGCGACAAGCCUAUCAAGGGUCUGGAGCCAGACAAGGCACCGGAGAUUCCUCGCAAGCCUAAGAAGGAGCCCGUGCCGGAGAGCAAUGGUGUUGCCCAGACGAAUGGAAAACAUACCCUGGGCAGCGAUGCUGGACCCAACGAUCUUAAGCGGGCCCGGGAUGACGACGCAGACGCUCCAUCAUCCACCAAGAAGGCAAAGACUGCCCAACGGCCUGAUGACGAUGAUAUCGUCGUCGUGGAUGAUGCUGCAGCUCCGGGUGCCAUUCUUAUUGACGAUUGA